UUUAUUGACAUGUCUUUUUCUUUUCUAUCGUAUAAAAUGUCCCCACAACUAUGCUAACCAGGUUCAACUCACCUCGUACUAAAGUUAAAACAAGAAUGUUAAUCAAAUAUAUAUAAAAGUAACACUAACCAUGAAUUUUUAUGCACUCAAAUGUUGAGAUUGAAACCAUGAAUAACAAAAUGAAUCCACCAAAGCCCCAUGCAGUUUGUGUUCCUCUCCCAGCACAAGGUCACAUAAACCCAAUGCUAAAGCUAGCAAAACUCCUCCAUCACAGUGGCUUCCACAUAACCUUUGUCCACACAAAAUUCAACUUUGAUCGUUUGAUGAAAUCUAGUGGCCCAAAUUCCUUAAAGGGUCUUCCAGAUUUUAGAUUUGAGACCAUAUCUGAUGGAUUGCCACCAGAAAACCAACGAGGAAUAAUGGACUUACCAGAUUUGUGCAUAGCUAUGCCUGUUGGUGGGUUGGUUUCAUUCAGAGGUCUUAUAGCAAAGCUUGUUUCUUCAGAAAACAGUGAUGUGCCUCCUGUUAGUUGCAUAGUUUCUGAUGGUGUGAUGAAUUUUACAUAUAAAGUUGCUGAGGAAUUCAAUAUUCCUGAGUUCAAGUUGUUUACUCCUAGUGGUUGUGGCAUGUUGGGAUAUCUUAACUUUGAUCAGCUUCACAAAAGAGGAUAUUUUCCACUUAAAGAUGAGAAGAAUCUCUAUGAUGGAUAUCUUGAAACUGAGGUUGACUGGAUACCAGCAAUGAGAGGUAUUAAACUAAAAGAUCUUCCAACCUUCUUUAGAACUACAAAUUCUUCAGAUACAAUGUUCAAUUACAAUAGAGAUUCAGUGAACAAUACAAUGAAAGCAAAAGGUGUCAUCCUUAACACCUUUCAAGAGUUAGAAUCAGAGGUACUAGAUGCAAUCAAAAUCACCUACCCUAACCUUUAUCCCAUUGGUCCAUUAUCAAUGCUCCAUAAAAAUAUUUCAUCAAGUUCAAAUAAUAAAUUGGAGUCUAUUGAUUUUAAUUUAUGGAAGGAAGAUGUUAAUUGCAUGAAAUGGUUAGAUAAAAAAGAAAAAGGUUCGGUUGUUUAUGUGAAUUUUGGGAGCUUGGUGAUUAUGACAACAAAGCAAUUAAGAGAAUUUGCAUGGGGAUUAGCUAAUACUAAAUACAAUUUCUUAUGGGUGAUUAGGCCUAAUCUUGUUGAAUGUGGAGAAGAGGUAAUAUCAAAUGAUGAAUUUGUGAAAGAAAUUGAAAAUAGAGGAUUAAUAUUGGAAUGGUCCCCUCAAGAGAAAGUUCUAGGUCAUUCAUCUAUUGGAGGGUUUUUAACUCAUUGUGGAUGGAAUUCAACAUUGGAAAGUAUUUGUGAAGGUGUGCCAAUGGCUUGUUGGCCUUUCUUUGCGGAGCAACAAACUAAUUGUUUUUAUGCAUGUAAUAAAUGGGGGGUUGGAAUAGAAAUUGAGAGUGAUGUUAGUAGAGAACAAGUUGAAGGGUUAGUGAAGGAACUUAUGAGGGGUGAGAAAGGGAAAGAAAUGAAGGAAAAGUGUGUGGAAUGGAAGCAUAAGGCUGAGGCUGCUACAACUAUUGGAGGGUCUUCUUAUAAUAGCUACAAUAGUUUGGUUUUGCAAUUGCAAUUUUUAAGUGGUCAAUAAGUCACUUGGUUAAAUUUGAUGGAGUGGAUUGGGUUUAAUGUGAUUCAUAUGUUUGAUUUUUGUAAAUCAUAAUUGGUGUUAUAGUGUUUGAAAAUUGUAGUUGGAUUGAGUUUAUUUAUUGUUGAGGUGUGGUUGGUGUUAAUUGAUUGUGGUGGAAAUUAGGGGCUAAAGUAUAUUUAUUGUUGGGUGGGUUGGAUGUAAGUGUAUGGUUGAUGGGUGUUGGUCUAAAUUGAAUGUGGUGGGAAGUGAGGACUAAAGUAUGUUUGUUGCUGGGUGAAUUGCAUAUUGGGGUUUACUUGAGAGUGUUGGUUUGAAGUGUGUCUUGACUUGAAGAAUAUGUCUAUUCCAUUGGUUAAUUAAUUGUUAAUUUGAAGAAACAAAUGAAUUUGAAGUAGGUUUUAAUUUUUAUUGAGUUUAAAGUCGCACGACAUCGAUAUGAUCAAACAACACAAGAUUGUGUUGAUUUGAAGAAACAAAUGAAUUUGAAAUAGGUUUGAAUCAAACCAUUUAUUCUUCACUAAGUGUAACAUCGCAUGACAUCAAUAUGAUCAGACAACACAAGAUUGUGUUAGUCUUUUUAUUCUAUUAUCCUCUUUAUUUACGUCCUUCCAAAUAUAUGUUUUUUAAAACUCUAUGUAUUCAUUACAUGUUUUUGUUAAAAGCACCACUGUAGUUCUGAUAUGUUUAAUGACUGAUUCCAUUUCAAUUACCAUGGGAUUCAC